AUGAGACGUAAAAGGAUUUCACCAUGUGUGCGUUUCCCGAAAAGUUGCCAUAUAUUGGUAGGAUUUAUUUGUUUUACCUUCUUCGUCCAGAAUUCAACAUCGCUUGAAACUGUUGAGAUAUUCGAGGGUUUGCCGCCCGGCAGUGCAGUUUUAAAGUUGAAACGAAAACCAGGCAUCGUUUACUCUCUUCAUCGAGAUUCCUCCACCGCGGACGGAUUAAGUUUGUUUUACAUUGACUCAAAUGGAGUACUUACUUCUAAAGUAACAUUGGAUUACGAAGACGAGCGCGGAAAUGAAUUCGAUUUACUGGUAAUUUCGCGGGAAAUCUCAAAAGCAGAGGGUGGAUUUGGAAGUAUAGUACGCGUUCGAAUACUCGAUCGCAACGACAACCCACCCAAGUUUCCCAACGAUUUGUACACUUGUUCCAUGUUGGAAAAUAGUGGCAUUGGAACUUACGUUCAGGGUCUUGAGAAUGUUUUUGCCAGUGACUUGGAUAGCGGCAAAAACUCUGUGCGAAAGUACAGCAUCGUGGGUGGAAACGAGGCGGGAAAGUUUGAUGUUGAUGUCAAGGAGCUCGAUGGUGUGAAGUUUUUGCGUCUCAAAACGAAAGCGCCUAUUGAUAGAGAAGAAACCCCGUUCUUCGUGUUAACCGUCAAGGUGGAAGACGGAGGAAUUCCUUCACUGUCAAGUGCUACUCAGAUACGAGUCAACAUCCUCGACGAAAAUGAUCAAACACCCACAUUUGAACCACCGAUUUAUUCUGUUGCUGUCAGCGAAAAUGUACCUGUUGGCACUUCUGUUACACAGGUGAAGGCUUUUGAUGGCGACGUGGGAACAAACGCUGAAAUUUAUUAUUACUUUAAACCCGAAGACGAGUUUUUCACUGUUAAUGCUCAUACGGGAGUUGUAGAAACAGCUUGCGAACUAAAUUUCGAGAAAGGAAAUUCAUUUGAUCUCACAGUGUAUGCGGUAGAUCGAGGCAAAACUCCUCGCCAAGCAGAAACUAUUGUACGAAUUCGCCUAGUCGAUAUAGAAAGCUACCCUCCUUUGCUUGGAGCUAAUUCUGCUGAAUCGGCACCGCCUGUCUUUCAAAAACAGACACAUUUCGUGAGAAUAAGAGAGGAUUUUCCGGUUGGUGGUGCAGUAGUCCGUGUGAAUGCCCAUCAGGGAAGCCAUCCACGGCGCUAUGAGAGAGCGUGGCGGUAUAUUAUUGUUAACAAUCCUGCUUCUAUGUUCCACAUUAAUCCUCGAAGCGGGGUCAUUACUCUUCGUGAACCUUUAGCAUUUAAAAAUCAAACUUCUUUUUCGCUUGUUGUUGAAGCACAAGAUGAACAGUCCAAAGAUUUGUAUAAAUCACACGCCCGAGUUGAGAUAGUAAUAGAAGACGUUAAUGAGAAUUAUUUCGCGCCAAUUUUCUCUCGUUCAAUUGCGGUGGUAUCAAUCUCAGAGAAUUCAGAAAAAAAUACCGUCGUUUCAGCGCUUUCAGCUUCUGACGCUGAUGAUGGUAGCAAUGGGGAAAUUGUAUACAGUGUAGUGGGAGGCUCAGGACUGGGUAAAUUUAACAUUGACGAAAACACUGGACAAGUACGAUCGAUCGUUCGUUUCAACCAUGAAAUGGAUUCACAGUUUGACUUGUACGUGCGGGCAAGCGACCGCUCAAAACAACCGCUUCAUUCGAAAGCAUACUUAUUUAUUAGAUUACAGAAUGGAGGAAAGAAAAGGCCUUUCUUCCACAGUCCACGACAGCUUGUCAGUGUUCGCGAAAACAGCGCAAAGGGGACUUUUGUAGCUCUGGUGAGAGCUAAACUUCGAACGCGGAGAUUGAACGAUAAAAGACUAUUGGAGUAUUUUAUUUCUAGCGGAAAUGAGGGCGGCAAGUUUUCCUUGAAUUCCACUUCAGGUAGGAGUGCAUCUUUGUUUUAAUUAAACGUCGCUGUGAAACUACAAACAAAGUCUGGAGAAAGUUUGAAGUCUUCAUUCGUUUGUGUUUUCUACUCUAUGCAAUCAAGCCAUGAUAGCUACCAAAGUUUCUCAAAGCUUAUUAGGUGUUCGAUGGAUAAAAAAUGCAUGCAGUUUAAAACGAACCUUGUAUUGUAAACCGUAAAUAGAAUUUUUAUACAUUAUUCACACUCCAGAAAGCGCAAUUUACGUCUCUUCAUCACCUGCACUUAAUAACUUAGAAAGGAAUUAAUCAUUGAAAGGAGACAUAUCUUCGCUAGAUGCCGCCAGGCGAAAAAAAUAAUGUUUGUGGUUUAUUCUUUUUGUAAAAAUUAAAGUUCAGUUUUGAUUGCGUCCUCAGCGAUCAAUCAUUCUAGCCCCUGCUUGAAAACACAGUAAACGCGAGGAAAAAAUAAUAAUCUUUUAGAAUUGUAGAACAAUAACGUUCUUGCUUGGCAAGAUGUUGAGUCUCAAGAUAAACGUUUUAUUUUGAAAUCGCGAACAGACAGGUGGAGAAUGACAGGUUGAAUAACAUUUUAUUUCGAAAGCGUUUUUUUUUUUCGCUGAUUUAUUAUUUAAAACUCGGCUUGUUAUCCCAAAGUAUUGAGAGCAAAGCCGUAAAGAGCUAAAAAAUGCAAACUCGUGUUGGAAGAUCUAGAAGAUCAAGUUCGAAUCUGAAAGCUAUUAAUUAAAUAUCUUAUUAAACUGGGCUAUUGCUGAUAAAGUUGGUUGGAAUUUGUGGGUAAUGAAUGAUUUUGGAAUGAUUUUUGUGCCAAUUCGAUCCUCUUUAUAUGCAAUAUUGUUAUUCAGAGAAUAUUACAAGAAUUCAACGUUGCUGUCAACUUUAGAUGUUUUUUCAAAAGGUUUGAUUAUUAAAAGAAACACCCCUUUUCCAUUUCCUUUUAUUAAGGUCUUUCAGCCAUUAUUUAAUUAUGGAGAUGAGAGAGAUAACUGAGGUCCACUCUGUUGGAUUGGCUGACUUUGAAGUCUGGCACGCUUUUGUAAAUAAUUUGACUCUGGAAAAAAAUUUAAGCAACAUUUAAUAUUUGCAAUGUCUAUGCAAUAGAAAAUGCUCAGGAAUGGACAUAAACCUGUACAUUUACAAGAAGGAAAAUGAACAUGAUUAUUUGAGAAAAAUUUUUUUCCAAUGAUAUUCCAGAACAUGCAGCCGUUUAUUCGUAAAUGAUAUUGCCAAAGGAAAGAAAAAUGUUCAUAAAACAUUUACAUGAAAACUAAUUACUUCAAAAUUUGCCAUAUUGCUGUGACCACAUCUUAAAGAAUUAUUUCAAUCUUAAAUAUGAUUUCCCUUAAAAGGGUACAGUCAGUUGUAUUGGUCUCACCGAUGUUGUUGUACUAAUUUUUGGCAAUAAAUGCCAAAAAUUUUAUUACUAGUAAUUAAAACUGUGAGAUAAAUUCUCAAUUGGUAGUCUUAGACUUUUUUUUUUUUUUUUUUUUUUUUCAAACAAAUUUGGAAAAACAAUUUUCAGAAGCUGCUAUACUUUGGCUUUAAUUUUCAUAAUUACUCUUUUCUGUCUCAAGAUGUAAUUGAUGGUUUUGGGUGAGAAGGUCAGUAACUUUAUAUUUUUUGCGGAGUUUUAUUCUUAGGAAUUAUCAUUUUAUCAACAGAAAAUGCAGAUUUUAAUGAAAUUGUUUUGAUAGUUGAAAAAAACAUGGACAGCUAUUCAAUGUUGUGCAGAUCACAUCAAACAAUUUUCUAAUUUAGGAUUUUUUUUCCUUUUAUUACCUGAGGUAAAUUGUUGAUAUUUGAGUCAACUCAAGCUGCAAUAUAUUCUGUGUGUAUGUAAUGUAAUUUCUCACAAGUAUCAUAUACCAUUGAGCACCGCCGACCAUAUAGCACACUAAUUAGUCUUAGAGGGGGGGCUUAUUGUCUCCAGGACCUCUUAACAGGAUGGGGGUGAAAAAGUGCUUACUAUGAUAAACCAUGUGUAAUAAGUAUAAAAGGGAAUUUAGUUAUUCCAGGACUUUUAGAAAGUGACAAAGUGGGAGAGAGGUGGAGAGUGUUUCCUGUUGUGAACAUUGUGAUGAGUCUUCCUGGCUUUGUAUUGAUUUCCAGGACUUCUAGCUUCUAGUCAGUGAUGAAAUCAUUGCAUUGGGGGUGGGGGUAUCACAGUAAACAUCUUGGUUUUCAGGAAUUCUAAAUAGUAUGGGGAGGAGAGAGUAAAAAAAACGCAUUUGCCAUUUUAGAAUCUUUGCUGGAAAAUCGGCUUAUUUUCAUUUCUUGCUUAACUUUUGAGAGCUUAAGUAUGAAGUCUAUGGCAAAGUGGGAAAUAUUGUGUAUAUUUUGCUGUAAGCUGCUUUUGGAAAAGUUUUUUUGCACUCUCUCAAGGUAGAAUAUUAGAAAAGUUUUUUUGCACUCUCUCAAGGUAGAAUAUUAGAAAAGUUGCUCUGAAAGCUCCAAUCUUGGGUGGCUUGUUUUAAAUCGUAGAUGUAGGAUAGAAUCCAUAUUUCACAAAGUUCUGCCAUUCAAUAUAAAUGUCUUCCUCAAACACUACUUAUCACAUCUUUUAUUGAAAUUGUUUAUCUGUAGGGGUAAUUUCAACUGCUGACCACCUUGAUCGUGAAAGUAAAGAUCUGUAUAUACUUAAUAUUUAUGCCCAUAUUAAGGGUGCUCCAUUAUCAAUGAGCUCACCCCUCCAAGUUGUUGUCACAGUUUCUGAUGAGAAUGAUAACAGCCCAUCAUUUGAAAAACACAAGUACAAGGUAAGAACUUAAACUUUUAUAUACCCUAUGUGACCAAGACAGAAUAUCUCCUUACAAUAUCAAUACAAUAUCUAGCAGAAAAGUGACAAGAAUAAAGAAAAAUAUCAAUUAGAGGUUUGUUUGUUGAUCAAACAAAAAAUUUGCCAAACUAAAAUUGUAAGGAUUGGAUGGCAGACAGUAAGGAGAAAUACUACCAGGAUCUAGGAGUGAAAGGGUGAAAUGAUAAUCAGCCACUGAUGAGCAGUGUUCUCCUUUUCAGGAAGUAAUUGGUAUAAUUUACUACCUGUUAGACAGGUGUAUUUCUUAUUACAGUUUUAAAUCACUUGGAAUUCUUGAAAAUUCAAUAGGUGGAAUAAUUGUUUUACUUGUUUGAAAAGUUAUUUUGCCUGUGAAAUUCAACAUGAGCAAGAACACAAGAUGAGGCAAUAAUAAUGUAGCAAAACCGCAGUGAAUAAAUGAAAUGGUGAUUAAGACAAGCAACAUAGUUCCCCAAACAUGCCUUCUAUGUAUAUCUCUAUCUGGUGAAUUUUUUUUUUCUGAGAUUUAGACUUGUGACCUUAAACUAAUAGCUGUCUGGAUAUUCAUGUACAAAAGGCUAAUUUUCUUUUUCUUGUUGUAGGUUUUUGUUACAGAAAACAUUGGUAAUAUAUCAAAUUUGCUAUGUCUAGCAGCCCAUGAUCUUGACACUGGUGAGAAUGGACAUAUCACAUACUCUAUAAUCUCUGGUAAGGGGCCAUUUGCCAUCAACCCUGUCCUGGGCGUGUUAUCAGUCAAAAGAUCUCUAGAUUAUGAGAAGCAGUCAGUGCAUAGACUUGUUAUACAAGCAGAAGACAAUGGUGUGCCAUCCCGCAAGACAACAGUGGACGUUACCAUUGUUGUGGAAGAUGCUAACGAUGCACCUGUUUUUUCUCAGGAUCAUUAUGAAGGUACAUAGCAUGGACUAAUAUUGUUAUAGGUGGAUUAAUCAGGCAUGCUUUAAUUAUCAUCAUCAUAAAUUCUCCUAUGUAAAUUAUUUUGUAAUCCAUCAAGCAUUCUUAACCUUGGUCUAUAUUAAAUCACUUCUUUGAGAGGUGAAUCCAAGUCUUGCCCAGAUUGAGCUUGUGAUAUGGAUGUUCUCUGCUUUUUUGGUGUGGUAGCCCCUAACCCUCCCACCCCCCACAAUUGAAGAUGGUGACACUCCUUUUUGUGAUGUGGAUUUUACAUUGUUCCAUUGUUCAGAGCAGUUUUAGGGCAAAAAAUUGUCAUUUGGUUGGGGAAAUUCUAUGUUUGUCAGGGAAAGUCAGGGGAUUUCAAAAUCUUAUGACUGUGGCAACCAUGACAUCUGCAAGAAGAUAUUAAUAUUUUAUAUCACACUUAAUGCAUGAAUCCAUGAUGUAACUUAAGCACUGUAUGAAUGAUUACCAUAUUUUGUUAUAUUUUGAAAUACUUUAAAAGUGAUAUUAGGAUCUCAAAGUGAUUUCUGCAAGUCAAUUUUAGUGAGAGCUGCUUCCAUCCUUUUCCCUUUCUUGUUCAAACUCAAGUCAGGAAGUGUGGUGUGAUGUUCAACCUCUGUGAUCUUUUUAUUCCUUAACUUAAGUGGAAUAUGGUUGGUUUUUUCUUCCUGAUCUCUUUCCUCUUUGUUUCUGCAAGAAAAGAGGAGAAAAAGGCAGUUUAAAUGUGAUGAACCUUAAACCUUCCUGCUAUCCUCUUGUAAUAACAUUUCUAUCAGCCACUAAAAUUAUGAAGUUAUUUCAAGCUACUUGAAGCAAUGUUCAUGCUGUAUAACAUAGUCAAAUACAUUAACCUGUUUUAAUUGUCGCUAAACUGUGAAGAAUUAUAUAUGUGAACUAACAUUUCUUGUUGAUAUUGUAGACCAAUUUCUAAUUCUUAUAAUCAGUUUCAUUUUCUGAAAUUGUUUUCUUUAAUCUACUGGUAAUUACAUGUGCAUAAACUUUAUCUAUGUGUACUUAAUUUUAUAUCAUUCAUAAUAACGGACUUAACUGUGCUAAUAUAAUCUUAUUUUGUUCUACAUAUAACUGUUUGCAUUUGUCUCAAAACACAUUUGCUGGUAAAAUAACUCAUGAUUGCUCCUCUGUAAUUCAGUAACAGUCCUGGAAUCUGCCAAAAUUGGAACCGAUCUUCUGGCUGUGUUUCUUGUAUCUGAUGAAGAUGCCGCUGUUAAGGGUAACACGAGCCGUCUGUUGUAUGUUUUUUUCUCUUGGAACUUUUUUUCUUUCUAAAUCAUUUUCUUUAGCUGAAACUCGUUGACUCAAACAGAACCACAUGUUUGAACGGACGUGGAGAUAUUGCGCUUGUAACACUUACCUUACAGUACUAUGUCAACCUCUUUGACUAAUGACUUGGUUUUUGGUGACCUUGACUAAUUCCAAAAGACUGUAAGACAAGAUUUGAUCCAAAAAAAAAAUUUGAUUCUGAUCAAUUGUAAGUGGUUGGUUUUGGAGCGGAGGUACUGGAACUUCAGCCCUCAGAACAUAACACUCUUGAAAGGGAUCUUUUAACAAGUCUGGUUUACCUGCGAUUUUUAAAAUUGAGAGUUAUUUUUAAGAACUUGGUCAUAAAUGCACUCAGUGGUGUAUUUGUUUUGAAGUCUGACAAUUGUUCCUUAGGUUGCAGCUAGGAUUGGGAUUCAGUUAGAAACGGUGGUAGAAAUAAGCACAACUCUAAGUGCACUGGGUGCGAGUCAUGUGACUUUCUUGUCCUCUGGAGAGAGACUACAAACAUUUUGUGUGAAGUCUCAAUGAAAUUCUCAUUGGCAAUGUGGUGUGUGGACAUUUCAUGGCGUUUUGAAUCUUUGUCAAGGACUCCUGUAUUUGUGUAACACACUCUUGUUUUCUUGUGGAAGUCUGGUUGCUGGUGUGAUGACUCCGUGUUUAUUGGGGAAUCUUGAAAUUUCUUUUAUAUCUUUUUGAAGUUAAGCUCUUCAGAAGCAACAAAGACGUGACUAUCAUGAACUAACUAAUCAUAUGCUCCCUUUUCGACUAAUAAAGAACAGUUAUAUGUCACGUGGUUCCAGUUGGCGCCAAGUGCGUUAUUUUCCCGCGUUUUUUACUUGUAUCCCCUACUCUUCCCCUAAGUCGCCCUGAAUGUGAUACCCUGACGUAAACUGAGAAAUUUUACGGCUGAAAAGUACGGACAUGUGUUUUUUGUAGUGUAACAAGGUUUUAGUGACCGUACGGUACUCGAAUGGCUUUCACAACAACUGCAGUAACAAUUUAUUAAACAUUAAAAAGGCACUAAAGUGUAUGGAUUGCAAGACAGGUAAAAACAGGCAACAGUACAUUACUGAAUUAUAAUUUACAACCGAAGAAAUAGUAUGAUUUGUCAAAAAAAGUGCUUUUCGAAUGAGUGUCGUAAAUCCAAAUCCAAAGUAAUCACGAGCGCCAAUCAGAAGAAAGAAAAAACUCCUUAAAGAACCAAUUAGAAAUCCAAGUAAAAACAAGCAAACUGCCCAAAGCGCGGGAAAACGCGGGCGACCAAGUCGUGAUUGGUUUUUGUUUUGCACCUGAUUGGUCGAGAGAAAGGCGCGAGUUUUCUGGACCAAUCACAUUGCGAAGUGAAGCAAAAAAGAAAAAUAAUCCCUGAUUACUUUCGACACUCAUUUGAAAGUUACUCAAUUUGAACUGUACAGUGUGUUAUGUGCUGGUGGAGAAUUGAAAUUGCAGAAAAAGAUAGAAGGUGAAAGUCCAUAUAUCUAAUUAGAUGAAUACAGGCUUGUCAAUCACUCUGAAUGUUCUAUUUUAGCUUUUCUCACAGUAGGAUAAACUGUGCGUUGAAGUAUCAAAUUUCGGUUAACGUGAUUGACAGAUUUUAUGUUGCCAGUGAUAAUCAAGUUUAUCGCUUUACCAAUAGUUGUUUGAGCUUUUAAUUUUCAAAGAACGAAAUUAGUUUAUGACGGUUUUGAUGAAUGAUAAAUGAAAUUAAAUCGGUGUUAAGGAAACAUGUAAUCCCAUUUUGAAAGAGUUUUGUCGAUGCCAAAAGUCAAAAAUGCUAAGAACACUCAGUGUUUCUUUGGUGUUAAAAAUCUCUACGAAGUUGUAUUUGAGAAGCUCUUUCAAUUAUCCACCAGCAUUGGUUAUUUUGUUUUCAAAGUUACCUUUAUACUCAUUGUUGUAUAUUCUCGCUUUCUUUUCCAGUGACCAUAUUAGAAAACACCGAUGUCGAAGAUACUGUGGCUGUGCUAACCACUUCUGAUCAGGACCGAGACAAGAAUGGAAAAUUCACUUGCAGCAUGGAAAACAUGGACUUGGAGACCAUGGACACUUUUCAAGUGAGAAGAACGCCUGAAGGCUGUGCCCUGGUUCUAACUGGUUACUUGGACUGGUACCGUGCGAAUACGUAUUCCUUCUCGGUCCGCGCCACUGACAGUGCUGAGAGCGCGCAAAGGAAGUCAGUCACUGCUAAUGUCACCAUUCGCGUACAAGACACAAACAACCACGACCCGGAGUUUUUGCAGGCGUCUUAUUGGGUUGCUUUACCUAACGACGCCAACAUGGGUGCAACUGUACUGACAGUCAAAGCGCGCGACCUGGAUGAGGGUGAAAACGCUGAUAUACGAUACAUACUUACCAAUGACGUCUUCAGUAUUCAUCCAACCAAAGGUAUCAUCACCCUUAAGCAAGGGUUGGGAUCUGUCACCAGCAAGAAAUAUGAAUUUUCAGUCAGAGCAACCGACCAGGGAACGCCUAACAGACAGACUGCUGUGAGUGUUUCUGUGACCGUUCACCCCCUGUCUUACAUCCCUCCAAAAUUUCUGAGGUCUGAGUAUCGCAAAGUAAUCCCUGAGACUUUCAAAACAGGUGCCGCGCUGCUGACGGUGCGUGCGCAGAAGAGUCUGGGUUUUGGUAGGCCUGUCAAGUACUUCAUUGUAGGGGGUGAUCCACUAAAUCAGUUCAGUGUGGGAACUCGGAGUGGCGUUCUCACCCUCAAAAAACAGUUGGAUUACGAAAGAAUUAAUCACUACAUGUUGGUUGUACGCGCUGUGCAUAAUGGACUAUCACCUUCAUUGCCAACCGAGGUAAGUGUAGACAGUGAAAAUGCUCCCUUGUGAACUGACGACAAGACUGGAGUCCUACAGCCAAUAACGUAACGAGACUGGAGUCCUACAGCCAAUAACGUAACGCCCAAACAGACCAAGAAAUUUUUAACGUGCUAUACUUACAAUAUUUGACCGACCAAUAGUUCCUUACCAGACUCUGAUGAUACCUUGUGUUCAGGUUGUUGAAACGUCAGGCACUACUAUAGACAUCAGUCCUUUUUAGGACAACCCCUAACCAGCUUCUCACAUCACACAACCGGGGAAAUAUUCUCCGUCCGAAAAGAGGCGUUUUAUUUAUCAUCGUCGACUUCAAAUCGGUAAUCAACUUGAGGAUUAGGGAUUGCCCCGACAUCACAUACCCGUAACUUUUUCCUUUAUUUGAAUCUAGCGCGCGCUGUUGUGUGCGCAAUAAAAUUUUCUCCAUUAUCUUUACAGGUUAAAGUUUUUGUAAAUGUCACAGACGUGAACGACAAGUCCCCACGGUUUGCUCUUCCAGUGGAUCCGUUUGUGAUAACUGUGGAUGAAUUUCAACCCCCAGGAACUCUCAUUGCCGUUUUGAAAGCAUAUGACAGAGACACAGGCAAUAAUUCCCUUAUCACCUAUAGACUGGAAGAUGCUAACUUUAAAAUUCACUCAUACCUUGGAACUCUAUCGACCAAGCUUGAAUUAUAUCAUUCUCAAGGAACCUCACGAUCUUUCGUUGUCACGGCAACCGACUCAACACCCCCAUACCGAAGUGCUAAAGCCAAUGUGGUGGUCAUGAUAAACAAGGCCGCCCCUCCCCCAAGGUAUCCCAAUUCGGAGUUGGCCGAAUACGUGCAAGAAGACACAGACGUUGGUAAGUCCCUAGUGCAGUUGCGUUCCCUCGAAGAGGGUCGUUUCACCUUAAAGUACUGGGUAACAGACGGUAACCAAGAUAACCAAUGGUGUGUAGACACGACUGGUCAUAUACGAGUCAAUAAACCGCUGGACCAUGAACAGAAGAAAUCCUUUCACCUUAAAAUCAAGGUGGAUGAUGGCAUAACGACUCAUAUCGCACCGUCCGUCUUGUUUACGGUGGAAGAUGUGAACGACAACGUUCCUACGUUUAGCGCAAACACAUACAAGUUCUACGUGUCCGAAAAUUCACCUGCCUUCCACACAGUCGCUAAAGUGUAUGCAAAAGAUCGCGAUGAAGGCUCCAACAGCGAGAUAAAGUAUUCAAUAGUUGGAGUAGAGGAUACUCGUUCCAUUGGAAAAUUUGAAAUCGAUCCAACAUCCGGUCACUUGAAAACAACUGGGGUGCUAGACAGAGAGUUUAUGGAGCAGCAUGUGAUCAUGGUGGAAGCAGAGGAUGCUGGGAAACCUUCGCUGAGUAGCCUGGCACGCCUUACUGUAAUUGUUAAAGAUGAGAAUGAUAACAGUCCAGUGUUUGCCACAGACUUGUUUAGGGCUUCGGUACCUGUUGAUGCCAAGGUUGGGUCCAGGAUUUUUUCAGUGAUAGCGUCAGACAUGGACUGGGGAGAGAAUAGGCUUUUGAGGUGAGCUAAAUCAACUGAGUUGAAAACGUAAAUUGUCCACCGUGAGAGUUUAAAGGCUGACGUUUCGAGCGUUAGCCCUUCGUCAGAGAAAUUGACGAAGGGCUAACGCUCGAAACGUCAGCCUUUAAACUCUUUACGGUGGCUAAUUUACGUUUUCAACUCGGUUGAUAACACUAAAUUACCCUCCUAUACUCUCCCACCGACGCACCACCACAGUUUCUUAAGAAACUUGCCCCUUUAAAAUAAAUGCACCCUCUGCAUCGGUUAUACUUAUAAAACUCAUGUUCACUUUCGCGGGGACUCAUAGCAUUAGUAACUCACACCUUUAUUUCUCCCUCACUUGUGCCUUUUAUUCUUUCCUUCAUCUCUCUUUUUUUUUUUACACCUUACUCUAUACUUCUCUUUUUCCCUCUCCAUUUAUCGUUUUUUUCACCUCACAUUCUACUAUUUAGUUUUACUUCCUAUAUCAACACCCAUCCACAGACUGUGACUAGCUUGGUGAAAUAGAUUCAAACAAUGUCUAAUUCUUUUUGCUUACAGUUACUCAGUAAUUGCCGGUAACUCUGAGCAGUUCAUCGCUGUCGACCCAAUUGAUGGAACUGUCACUGUGGCCCGUCUUUUUACGUCGCUGAAGGCAAUCAAUUUUACAGUCAUGGCACGCGAUCAGGGUCAGCCUACCAGAAACGCUACUGCCGACGUAAUUGUUACCAUUCACGCCAUUGAGGGCCCUCCAAGAUUUCUGGCUUCAGCUUAUGACGCGCGUGUUGCAGAAAACAAAAAAGCGGGAACUAAGGUCAUUCGUGUGCAAGCAGCAAGUGUCGAUCCUGUUAUUUCGUAUAAAAUAUUGAAUGGAAACUCUAGAAAACAUUUUCAUCUGAAUGUAGAAACGGGAUUGCUAACUACAACUAGAUCCCUUGAUUACGAAAAAUUUACGCGUUACCAGCUUGUUGUCAUGGCAAUAGACAGUAGCAAUCGAAUGAAUUACGUCAAAGUUGUUGUACACGUGAUUAACGUCAAUGAUAAUGAACCUUACUUCGUGGAUAUACACAGCGGUAUUAUUGAAGGACAGGUGUUAGCUGACGCCAUCGUCAACAGUCACGUGAUGUGGCUUAAGGCACGCGACCGAGAUGUUAGUGACGUCAUUAGCUACAAGAUACACAACGAGAAAGCGGCUUUGUAUUUUACUGUCGACUCUGAAGGAAGCUUAAGGACCAGGAGAGCACUACAAGAACUUCAGUCACCGUUCGUUUUCAAAAUUGAAGCUUUGGAUAAUGGGAUUCCUUCUAGGAGUACUUUUACGUCGGUGAGACUUGUUUUCUUGAGGUAUCAUACUCAACAGAGAGAGCUGCAGGUGCUUGUCCCUGAAGACGUUAAGCAAGACGUCGUGCUCAUUAAAAUAAUAGAUUCAGCAAAAAUUGUAAAUCCGAGCUUUUCGAUCAUUUACCCUGUCGGAGCACCUUUUCGUAUAGACAGUGAAAGUGGGGAGGUGCGAACCUCCCGUCCUCUAGAUUAUGAGACUACACAGAAUUACAGCUUAAUACUGCAAGUGCAAGACUCCAAAAAUGGCAAAGAAUACAGCAAUAUAGACUUAGUGGUUGAAAUUGAAGACGUAAAUGAUAACUCCCCCAGCUUUACUAUGGAGAAGGAGGACGGGAUAUACAUCGCUAAGAUCAAUAGAAAUCCUGUCCAGGGUACGGUGUUGUACACGCUUACAGCUUCAGAUCGAGAUUCUAGAGGCCAUUUGCGUUACUCGCUGGUCAGCAGUAGUGGCGAAAACGCUGUGUUUGAGGUGGAGGCCGAGAGUGGGAGAGUGAAGACAGUCACUCAACAGGUGUUAAUGGCCGACUUUUACAACAUCACUGUGAUGGUGAGUGACAGUGACACGCCUUCUCGUCACACUCAGGCCAUACUGCAUGUGCAAGUUGGAGAAUACUUGCCCACCUUCAGUCGGGAAGAGUACGUGUUUAGAGUCAAGGAGAACACGCGGAAAGGAUUCACCAUCGGCCGCAUUAAGGCGCACAGCUACUCUGGAGCGUCUCUUUCAUACACUGUAGUGCACGGUGAGAAUAACGAAUCUUAGAUCCCAAAUGCUGAUAGUUAAAUAAAGUAUUUUUGCAAUUUUGGUACACUGUUAUGCAGAUAGGUGAUGAGAAUGAAGAAAUGUCAUGUAAGAGUGAUUUUCCUCAAGCAAAUUGUCUGGAAUAGCUAACAGGAAAAUUUAAGUUCCCAGUGUGGAAGAUAACCCUGCGCAUCCUAGAGGUGAAAGCCAAGAGAGUAUCAAAAUAACUCCAAACUGAUGUAAUGUCAUCUGCCUUCGCUUGUAAAAUACUUUAGAUUCAGUACUGUAAACGGUAAACUGGCAUGCUCACACUGUAACACAAAAACCAUUAAGGAAUCAUCUGCAAAAAGUGCGCAUUCCCUAAGGCAAGAACAUGGUGGAUGUUCAAAAAUCGGUCUGUUCUUUAAAUGUGUCUACUGUAAUUCUGAGUAUAAUUUGAGGUUGUAUUUUGUGUUCUUUUAGGAAACGUUCAUAAAAAAUUUAUCCUGGACAGCAACACAGGGCGUCUAGCUCUCCCCAAUCCUCUGGACUAUGAACGUGACUCCAAUGUUUACUACAUCAGGAUAAGAGCGGUCGAGGUUGGUGUUACUCAGCGCCAGUCCUCCGAAGUCAACGUCCAAGUCCUCCUCAAAGAUAUGAAUGACAAUGCUCCUGAAUUCUCUCAACAACGCUACAGAUACAUUUUACCAGAAAGUGCUCCUGUGGGGACAAUGGUGUUGGUUGUUUCAGCCCGUGACAGCGAUUCAGGGGUAAACGGACAGUUUAGAUAUUACAUGAAUAGUAGAUACUUUUCUGUAAAUCCUUACACUGGGGAGAUCACCACAACAAAACCGCUGGAUUAUGAGACCGCGCGCUCACACACCUUUGAUGUAAUGGCGCAAGAUGGCGGGAAACAGGUGCUUCACGGGACGGCGCGAGUGGAAGUGACGUUAAAAAAUGUAAACGACAAUCCACCUCGGUUCUCACAGACGGUUUAUAAUUCACACGUGAAUGAGGAUGCUGGCCCGGGUGAACUGGUGACGACAGGUGAGUCGCUCUGUCAAACAUUGAAAUAACGGUUGAUAUAAUUGUCAAAAUUUAGUUAUGUGCAGAGUUUUUAAUUUUUGUAAAAGCAACUUUGGGUGGUGCCGUGUUAUUCCGAAUAAUGAACGUCUGGUUUGUCUCUAAAGAUGAUGAAUAUGAGUUUAUUUUAUACAUACUGAGAUUUCCACAUGAAAAAAAGCCCGCUUAAAAUUCCUACGGAAUACACAACCAACCCAAUCAGAAAAGCGUACGAAUGUGAAAAUACAUCGUUCGUCCAAUCAGAGACACGAACAAUAGUACUUCACAGAGAAGGGCAACUAGCGCACGACUUUCUGUUUAAACAAAAUGGAAGAAGAAGUGCUAAGAUUUGCUUUCCAUAAAGGAACUAUGAAUGACUUCAUAUGAGCAAGAAAAAAAAAACACGUGAGCAAAGACCGACAGAGACGUGAGCCUGCUAAAGACCUCUCUUCAAAGAAAGCUAGAUCUCAGAAACGUUGAAGAAAUACCUCCUGCUCAACAUAAUAAAUUGCUGAGCUAGUUUGUACUCACUGUCAGAACCCAUUUUCGAUGGAAGUGACUGCGAGAAGUAUUUUAUACAAACUAUUUUGUAAAGAAUACCAUAUUUUGAUUUACGUUACAUUUUUUAAAUGAGGUUUUCGCAUUGGUUAUUUUUAAAACCGACGUUGUCCCAUUUACCUUGCAAGUUUUCAUACCUCGUAAUUUUAAGAUUCUGCAAAUUCGCAAAGCCAUCUAUAGAUUGAAUUUUAAAAUCACUAGUUAUCUUUAUGUCUCUUUAAAAGUCUCUUUGUAAGCGAAUUAGUUUGUAAACAAAUGACAAAAUUUAAAAAAUCAUGAAUAAAAAUCAUGCGUGCGUACUGUCCAUGGAAUAAUCUCUAUUUAAGCCUAAAUGCCAUUUUUGCUUCCAAAAUAGGGGAUGGGUGAGUUUGUCAGGGAGGACCAGAGUAGUUUAGUAACAAAGCAAUUACAGUCUUGUUCACUUUUCUUUCUAGUUCAAGCAAGUGACCUUGAUCUCGAUCCAGUCUCCUACAGUAUCAUCUCAGGUGAUGAUAACAGCAAUUUUGUGAUAGACAACCGGACGGGUGUCGUGCGAUUGGUUUCACACAGGGCACCAAGCCUUGUAGGUCCGUACUACGAGCUGAACAUAAGUGCCUCAGAUGGCCUUCACACAAGCCAAGCCGUGUUGAUAGUGGCUAUUCAGGAUAUCAAUAAUCACAAACCAGUGUUCAAAGACUGCGACAAGUACAAACCGGUUAUCUCAGAAAACGUUCGUCCUGGAUCCUCAGUUAUUCAGGUUUGAUGAGUAUUGACUCGUAAUUUCAGCCCUCCCCCCUCCCCCCACUUCUAAAAUAUAUAUUAUACAAGAGUCCCUUACAGCACUGAUUUUGAUUUUUCGGUGGAUAACCCUGGGAACAUUAAUAAGAUGAAAAACACCUAGAUGGGAGGAGGAUAGGAAAAUAUGUCUGGUUUGCAAUGGUUUUAAUGUUUUUUUAAUAGUAUUUUCAUUAUUGCUUGUUUAUUUCUGGUGAAUUUUAGGUCAGUGCUGAAGAUAGAGACAUGGGUCAGAACGGAGAAGUUAGUUAUCACAUUGAGCGGCCUUCUACCGGGAUAACCUACUUUGAAAUAAAUAGUGCUUCCGGUCUGGUAACAACUGCCGUGACCUUUGACCGUGAAAAGAAGCGAUCCUACCAGAUAAGGAUCACGGGAAAGGACGGAGGACCUGGCCAAGAAGAAGGAGAGAGGCUGAUGGGAUUCUGUCAACUGGAAAUUAGAAUCGACGACGUCAAUGACAACGAUCCAGUUUUUAGUAGCAAAACAUUCAUAACCAAUGUAAAGGAGGACCUUAAAAAAGGGCAUAUAGUACUUCAUGUAACCGCUACCGAUAAGGACGCCGGUAGUAAUUCGCUUAUAACGUACUCUCUUGAAAAACCAAACAAGCAGUUUCUGAUAUCCAACAGCACGGGAAUUAUAACCACUAAAGGUCCAUUGACCUCGACAAAGUACAACUUCAAAGUGAUUGCCCAAGAUAAUGGAAACCCGCGGCGGUCUUCUAAAGCAGAUGUAGAAAUCAGUGUUUACAAAGCUGGGAAGGACCCGCCAAAGUUCACAGAAGAUGUGUACAUCGCGCGUGUUCGCGAGGAUGUGCGGCAAGGGUAUAGAGUUACGCGCGUGUCGGCCACAAGCCCAAAUCAGAUUUAUUACAGUAUUGUGAAUUAUCCACAGCCGGUUAAUAUCGACCCGGUUCAAGGAAUAAUAACGACUCAGCGCAUCCUUGAUUACGAAUUAGCGUCAAAUUACACAAUACACAUUCUUGCUCAAGAUAAUCAAGAUCCACCGCUUAUGUCGUUCGCUCGGCUUGAAAUUCUCGUGGAAGACGUCAAUGAUUCACCCCCUCAGUUUCCGGUGUCAAAAUAUGAAGGACAAGUUGCUGAGAAUUCACGGAUCGGUAGCUCUGUCAUCGAAGUGAAAGCCGAUGACCCGGAUAAGGGUGAAAAUGGAAUGGUUUCUUACACUUUCAUCACAGAAGAAAGCUAUAAGUCAUUUGAGCUAAACUCUAAGAGGGGGCUCAUUACCACCAAAAAGGUAUUUGACCGUGAGGAGACUGGACGCUACACCUUGAUAGUAGAAGCACGUGACCAUGGAGAUCCUCCCAAAGCGUCAAGUUGUAUUGUGGAUGUCAUAAUCAGCGAUCAGAACGAUAACCGUCCUGUGUUUGAGCAGACUGUGUACAAUGCGAGUGUUCACGAAGAUGCUUCCAGGGGAACAAACAUUCUUGAAGUAUCUGCAGUGGAUGACGAUAUUGGAAACAAUGCUGUGGUGAACUAUUUCAUCACGGCAGGAAAUACCCGAGCGGCGUUUGCCAUUAACAAGGAUCUUGGACAAAUUGUGGUGGCGAGUUCGUUAGAUCGCGAGACACAAGAUUAUUACCAGUUGAAGAUUAGGGCACUUGACGGGAAAAACUCUGGUACGGCUGUGGUCAACAUACACGUCAAAGAUGCCAAUGAUAACACCCCCGUGUUCACCAACACCACGUAUGUAGCUAAAGUUUACGAAAACCAGCCUGCCGGGAGUUACGUCACGACGUUGUCGGCGUCUGAUAAGGAUCUUGGACUGGGCGGAGCGUUCUUGUUUUCGAUCAGCGGUCAGGGUAAGGACGCUUUUGAUAUCAACCCGAAUACAGGUAUCGUAACGACUAUCAAACCUCUAGACCGAGAAGCUAAAGGGCGCUACGACUUCCUUGCGUUUGCCACUGACAAUCCUAAUGCAGAACCAGGCUCUCGGAGGACCGGCUCCUGCGAUGUGGUGGUUUGGAUCCGGGACGUAAAUGACAAAAGGCCGCAUUUCCCGGAUGAUGUAUAUGAGGGCACUGUGAAAGAGAACCAGUUGCCAGGCGCUCGUGUCAUGGUCUUGUCGGCAGUCGACGAAGAUGAUCCAAAUGAAAACGGAAACGCUGUUAUAUCUUACGAGUUAAUCGAUGAUGCAGGUGGACUGUUCAAAAUCGAUCGCGACUCGGGAUUAAUCACGACGCGAAGGAGACUAGACCGAGAAACUGACGACGAGUACCAACUGGUUGUUAACGCUACAGACCGAGGUCGACCGGCGCUAUGGGGUCAAGUGGAAGUCAUGAUCAGGGUGGCGGAUGACAACGAUCAUCCGCCUCGGUUUACUGAGCAGACGUUUGUCGCUAGUAUUUUCGAGAACGCAUCAAUUGAUUCGUCUGUGAUAAAACUCAAGGCCACGGACGAAGACAUCGGUAGUAGUUCUAGGUUACGCUACAGUAUAAUAGAAGUGGCUGCUGAUUUGGAAGAGGAUGGUAGUAGAAUGUUUCGCAUUGUGGAAGAUACUGGAGUCCUUCAGGUAGCUAGAAGCUUAGAUUAUGAGACACAGAAGCAGUACACUCUAAAAGUCAUGGUAAGUGAGAAUGAGGACUCCGGGCAUAUUUUGGGGAAAGAGCAUUAUUUUUUUUUUUUUUUUUUUUUUUUUUUUUUUUUUUACUGAUUGUCGUUAGCAGUAGGAAAUCGAGCCAAUGGUCUGAUCCACUUAUGUGAGCCUUAUUCCAAAGAAAAUUCCUUUCAAGGUGUGUAUGAACUCCAGACUGGGCGUAUUUCGUGAAGUUUUGACGCCUAGGUUGUCCACGUAACUAAACGUCGCCUCAUAAUACUAAUCAGCAAACAGAUUCCAUGUUGCCAAGCAUCUGUGCAGGAAUAGAUCACAGAUAGAGUAAAAAAAAAGUGGCGAACGAGAUACAGCCGAGUGUGUCACUGAUGUUCUUACCAUGUUUUGACAGCCUCUGCGGCAACACGAAGUACAGAAACAUAGAUACUAUUUGACUUACAGCAUAGAGAAGCAAGUUGUUAUUAAUGGUGACUCCAAGCAAUCUAAAGCAACAACUAGUAUUUGUUCGAAUCUCCUCGAAUCCUGAAUUUUUACAAGGCUUUAUUUCUGCGAUGGCCUAAAUUGUAGUCCACCUAAUAUUUUCAACUGCAGGUCUAAUGAAAUUUACCUCAUUAAAAAUUGUAAUUGUAAUUUCAUCUCAUUAGUCUGUGCUCUAAUAGAUGAUAAGUAAGCACCAAUCAAAAUGUGUGCGUAAUAUCAGCGUGUUAGUUAGUUAUACACUCAUCAUAGUUUUGACUUCUCUCACUUUCCUUCUCCCUGUUUUUGUUUAGGUGCGUGAUUCUAGUUCUCCAUUCUUUAGCGACAAAGCGGAUGUAAUGAUCACCGUUCAAGAUUACAAUGACAAUCCCCCAGUCUUUAACCCCGUAUCAUACGCGCAAAAAGUCAAUGAGGAUGUUACCCCUGAGUAUUUUCUCAUGAAAGUUACCGCCACGGACUCGGACUCGGGCAGCAACCGAGAUUUCAAGUUUUCAAUUUUUGAAGGCGAUCCCGACGGACAGUUUCGUAUUGACCCGGAACGGGGAAACCUCUAUGUUCACCGCAGGCUGGAUAGGGAGAAACGAGCAGUUUACUUGCUCACUGUUAGAGCUACGAAUACUGGUGAGUAAAAAAUAAAUGUUGGACAACAGAGCUUUUACUUUGCUAACAUGGAGCCAUUAGUUCGUUAGAUUUAUCACUUGAAAAAUAUCACCAGACAUUCGGUCACGUGACGUUUUUAAACCAAUCGUGCGCGGGCGAUAAUAUUCGAUGGAUUGUAACCUUCUAUAUUUACUGUCGGUCUUUAAAUUUUUCAGCAACGCCUCCCUUAUAUGGUCACGCCUCAGUUAAAAUCACCUUGAAUGACGUGAAUGACAAUGGUCCAACUUUCCACCCAUCAGAAAUUCACUUCAGUAUCAAAGAAAACACCGAACCUCCUCAGUACUUAGGAAAAAUCAGCGUUGAUGAUCCAGAUCUUGAUCCUCCUAAUGGAGCUCCGUUCUUCUUCGAGAUCGUCAAUGGCAACGAAGAAGGCCUCUUUGAGCUGAAUAACAGAACAGGAGAGAUGUUUACACGAAAAAGGUUUGACCGGGAAGAGCGCGAAUCUUACAGGCUGGUUGUAGCUGCGACGGACAGUGGCAAGCCUAAGAAAGAUUCGAAGACCUCACUCUUUGUGCACAUUUUAGAUGUCAAUGACCAUCAACACUCGGUAGGAAUGUUAAAUCUCGAGCUAAAUUCGUAUCAGGGCAAGUUUCCAGGGGGGAAGAUCGGAAAAAUGUACGUAGUGGACAAAGACAUUGAUGAUGACCGACAUUAUAAGUUAAUAUCCAACAGCUCCCGAUAUUUCACUAUCCAGCCAACGACAGGAAUGAUAAUAAGUCAGCCGAAUCCUCCUGAAGGAAAUCACUUUUUGUCUGCCAUAGUUUCUGAUACUAACAGCUCAUUCAAAUCAGUGAUCUGUUCCGUGUUCAUCAAAGUCAAGCAAGUUUCAGCUGAAGCUGUCCACAACAGUAUGGCAAUAAGACUGGGGGGUGUUUCGCGUAAAACGUUUGUCAGUUCAGUUCUAGCGAGAUUUAAGGAGUCAGUGGGAAGCAUUCUUCAAACGGACGAAGACAACGUGGAUUUAUUUAGCGUCCAGGAUGCACCAAGGGCACCACGAGCCAUCGACGUCAGGUUUGCAGCGCAUGGAAGUCCUUACUAUGCCCCUGAGAAAAUGAUCGCUAUCCUGAAGAACAACCGACCCAGCUUGGUCAAAGCAAUGGCUGUGUUUGACGUGAAAGUUUUGGCUGUGGGUGUAGAUGAAUGUCUGCAUGAGCCCUGUGAAUCUGGUGGCUGUACAAAUGUAUUGCUCGCCAAUGGAGAAGUGGAAGUGAUUUCUGUGAAAGCAACGUCUUUUGCGUCCAUUGUGGCGAUCCUAGAACCACGCUGUGAUGAUUGUACGGGGAAGCAAAAAGAAACAACGAGGUGUGAAUCGGAGUGGUGUUUAAAUGGAGGCACGUGCUUGGACACUCCUCAAGGUUAGUAUUCCAUGCUAGAAAUUCGCCUUUUCAGGGAGGGAACAUGAAAUAUUUUUAUUAUCAAUUGGAAAAUUUCUAUCGUUUUGAUAGAAAAUGAUAAAGAACAGGAGCAUCCCUGAUUUAUAACAGUGCACCUUGGGCUUGCCUACUUUCGCCUGGAAAACGCCGGAAAAAUACGCUUGUUCUGCAGGCUACUUUCUGGUAAUAGGAUUGUUCAGUUUUCAUAAAUGAGUCCUGUAAUUUAUACUAGUUGCUCUCCGAAAAAGACUUCGUUUACAUUGCUUUGCCACCGAAAAUUCGCCAAGUGAACGCUGCUUUCGUGUUUUCAAUUUUUUUUUUCUUUUAUCAGGACACAAGUGUCGGUGUCUUAAAGGUCACAAUGGUCCCAACUGUGAAUUUUCAACGCGAAGCUUUGAGCAUGGUGAGUGGCUGUGGCUUCCAGCACCGGAACAAUGCAGUGUGGGUUCCCUGUCACUGGAGUUUGCCACCCGAGAAGCAAAUGGGCUGCUGUUGUAUGGAGGUCCAACUUCCCCUGUGCGGGAGGGAGACGUGCAUGAUUUUAUCACACUUGAACUGGCCGGCGGUAAGAUUCUCGUGACCAUGUCUCUUGGGGACCGUCAUGAUGUGGUGCGCGCUGGAGUUACUGGUGGGAUGGCCCUGAACGACGGUGAAUGGCACCAUAUUGAGGUUUACCGGGACGGAUCAGUAAGUGACCAUAUUUAAAGCGGUGAAACAGUGGUAGCCAUUGUGUUGUGUUCUUGGCUACAACAUUUUUAAAACCAUCACAGUUCCUCCCUUAACAAAGGAGUAGAAAUAGACCAGGGGGUAAUCUGUAAUGGACUCACUAUCCGUCCAAAGCUUGAUGCCAUGAAAAUUGAGAUAAAAUCCGGCAGCCGUGGGCUAUUUGGCUGGGAAAACUUAACCUCCUAGCGCCUCCUGUGGGAAAACGAACCUACCGGUAAUGGACAGGGUUUUUUGUUACCCAUGAGUGUGUGGAACAAGGCUUUAACUAAUCAUGGAAAAGUAGAUCAUGAGGUCUCUCAGGGUUUGCAAACUUAUUUUAAAUCAAGGAUUCGUUUUAGCGUAAACAAAAUUAGUUUAAAAAUAGAAGGAUCUGGGAAGAAGAUCUAGUCUUGAUUAGCAAACAAGUAACCAGUAACCAAAGAGAACGAGGGCAGGAAUGGUGUAAACGACUCAAAAUUGAUCUGUCUAGAGUAUGAGAGAAUUGUCCUGUCUUCUUCCAGUCAUUCAGGCUUAAUUAACCGUAUAAUGAUUUGGAUGCUGACAAGUCAUGCAAUGUUUAAUUUGAGGAACAAAGUGUGAAUGGCGAAAUUAUGAGAAAUACAAUUGUCCAGCUUCUCAACUGGAAGUAGAGCAAAUGAAACUAAAAAUGCUGAUUGGCCCACAACAUUGAAAUCACCAUCUUGUGGGCCAAUCCGGCCAUGCGAUUGGUUCAGUUCUACCUCGUGGUACAAUAUACUCCUCUCUGAUUGGCUGUGUACCAAUACUGCCCCCGUAACCCUCUCACAACAGAUACAGACUACGUUGUAAACCUAUGAUCUUGAGUGGGUGAUUGUUAAAGUUUCUCAUGUUUGCUGCUGUUUUUCAUAAAAAUCUUAGUUUGUGCGUGUAACAGUUGAUAAGUGUAAAGGAGCACCGGUGGUGGAGGGACGGAUGCGCAGAGCUGUCGAAGAAAUGUCUCGUUGUUCUUCCACAGCAAAAUUGAGCAAAAAGAACAAGUAAGUUGAUUGUAGUUCCAACCCUGAUUAGGUGUGGAACUUGAGCUGCGUACCAUUUAUCUGUCUUAUGUCUUUGUAGUAUGCUACCAUAACGCUAUUUAACCACAUUAGGGCAACAGACCGUAUAACUAUUUGACAAACAAAAAAAAAAAAGGAAAUCGGAGCAUUAAGUUGAGCGCACGAAAAUAUCCAAGCUUCAAACUGUUUACGUCCUUUAGGCUGGACUUUUUGAGCGUCUAAAGUUUAAGUGAAACAGAUUUUUUUUAUUUCAUAAUGGACACUUCUUUGGUGUUGUUCGUGUUGUUUUAACUCAUCUUUCGACGCGCCUUACGCGAUCAAUGCGAUUCUCAGAUAUUGUCGUAAGAUGUAUUGUUCAAAUGAAAUGAGAGAAGAAUGAUAACUUCUCUUUUGGUUGGUUUGACAUACGAUACGAGCAGACAUUUUCCUCAUUUCUUUUACUGCACUACCCAACCUGCAAAAUAUUUGCACGUCUUAUAUAUGUUAAACUAUCGAAUAAGGUUUUAUGUACAACAGUCUCAAAUGCGAGUGAGUCACCUCUUGUGUGUAGGUGAAUACAUGUGUUGGUGAAAUUCGAGCCCUUAAAUUUCAGGUUUUUGAAUUUAAACGGGCCCUUACAGUUGGGCGGGGUGUCAACGACUAAUCUUCUCUACCCAAACCUGACUGUUACCAAUUACGAAGGCUGUAUACGGAAUGUGAUAAAUCAGGGCAGGUACUACGAUCUGAAGACCCCUAUCCGCAGAAAUGGCACCGAAGAAGGAUGUCCUAUGGUGGAUCAACAUUGUAGGAGCCACCAGUGUGACGCCCUGUCCAAAUGUGUUCCUUAUUGGACUGGUUACUCAUGUCAUUGCCCCUUUGGUUUCACCGGUUCCACGUGUGGCAAAAGUAAGUUUAGAAUUGCUAGUUUUGUUAAUACAGUCGACUCUCGCCUUGCGGACACCCCGCCAUUGCGGACAAGAGCCAGCCCCCCGGCGAAACGCAUUAAGAAGUGACUGAAAUAAACUCCCGUUAUAACGGACUCCCACUCUUACGGAAAUGCGGACACUUUCAUGCCUCCAGAGGAGUGAGAAAACGAUGACAGUUUGGGUCGAGUUGCGUGUUGAACCGACCCAAACCUCCCGCGGUUUUCCACUCCUUUGCUACUAUAGCUCCGUUUGCUGUUUUGCUCCGUUCUACUAACUGAACGCCUGUAAAAGGCUUAAUGAUAUGUAAACCUUUGUUCUGCAGAUUGGUGGCUGAGUUUACUUUACUCUACCUCAAGGGUCAGGAAACCGUUAUAAGCUUUGCUAAUAAGGGUUUGUGGACCUUAACUUCUUUUCUUUUUCUUUUUGUUUUUUUUUUUCGCAGGGACACGUGCCUUGUCCUACGCGGAGGGUAGUUAUACUAAGUACCUUUUUUACCUGCACAAGUUCGUAUAUGAACGGCGGGAGACUAAGAUCCAAAUGCAGAUUAGAACACGUGACCCGGACGGAGGUGUACUAAUGUACAAUUACGGAAGUGAAGAAGGCCGCUUUAGUUUACUUGAGGUGAGAUCAAAAGUUCGUGUUUCAUCGUUGCGAAGUGAAAACGCGUCUCCCUGAGGCUAGUUAUUUAAGAAGUUAAACACGAUAAUAACGGCAGAAAAUUAACCUUCGUGUCAUCUUCUUAAACCCUUUAACUUCCAAGAUCUGAUUGAGAAUUCUCCAUUCUAGCUGCUACACAUUACCUUGUAAAUUACUAACGAGAAUUCGGUGUUAGAUCGAGAUAAUAACCCCUUCCCGAUAAGUUUUAGCUGUUUGCUGGAUAAUGUUUGGAUAUUAUAGGAAGAGGUCACAUGUUAAUCACUUUUGGGAGUUUAAGGCCGGUUAAAACGUUUUAUAUUCAAGUGAAAAUAUUUGGAUUCAUUUUGAACACGAAGUUUCUCCCCUUAUUUCAAUAGUACUGGUGUACUGUUUCAGAAUCAGAGUUCAUUUUUGUCUUUUGGUCCUGCGAGAACCUUCGUACUUAAACUUACUCUUGUCAAGAUUUGUUACAUCCACCCAAUGACUUGAUAGGAUGUCACAAAUCUCCAACAGCGAUUUUUUCAAAAUAGGAUUAGUCACUUUCUAUUUUAAACAAAAAGCUAUCAAAGGGCAAAAAAGGUUGUGUGAAAGAGAGAUGUGAGAGUGGAUGCUUAGUAAUGCAAAAAUUUCUAAGUAUUUCCAAUUGUGAUGAUUUUCGGUAUGUAUGUAUUGGGGAAUAAAUGUAUUGUUCGAUUGGCCUAGAGAAAAGGACUAAUUUACAUCUGUAUCCUCCCUGGUUAGGUGGUGCCAUAUGAUAUUGACGGGGAUGGGGAAAGUGAGUUGAUUGUUACAUAUACGUUGGGUUACAAGAACCAAUCCUCUUCAGUUUUGCAACUGACCGGCAUCAACGUGGGCAAUGGUCAGUGGCAUAAUAUAAGCGUGGUACGGGAGAGAACACACGUAACGCUUUCCGUGGACUCUGAUGGCGAUGGAUAUUCCGUGACAGGUAUAAUUUUCACGUAUCUUUUACGCCUCUAGCAGUGAAGGGACCGAACUUCCUUCCAGCUUAUCUUCAGGGCUUGCAGGAUCUCACGACGGUCUUCGCAGCCUUGAUUUUCAUGUCUUGCUCUGGUCUGUAAGUCUUUUUAUCGCCGACUCUUCUCCUUUCAGCCUUCCCUAGGGAGAUAUUGACUUUUACCCCAGUUACGUUUCCGUCGCGUCACCUUAUCGCCGCUUUGUGUGACAAUCCCAGUUAUGACCGUGAGUAUAUGGAAAUCAUAUAUGUGAACUGCGGAUAAAUAUGUGAAUAUGAAAGCGAUCUUCGCAGUGAUGAGCACUACUUGAGCAAUAGUGAAAAUAAGGCCUGAAAAAAAACAUUAAAAAUGACCUCUGCGAUACCGGUACAGAGCUCUACCGACUGAGCAUACAUACAUGAGCACACCAACUGAGUUCAUGAUUUUUAUAUAUUCAAAGUCAUUUAUUCAUCACUUCACGGGUUUACUUAGAACAGACAUAGUGACCAGCUCCCAGUUGGCUUGAUAGCUCAGUUAGUAGAGCCAUGCACCGGUAUCGCAGAGGUCAUAGGUUCAAAUCCCGUACAGGCCUGAAUUUUUUUCAGGCCCUAUUUCCACAAUUUUCCCAUGUUCAUCACUGCGAAGAUCGCUUUCACAUUCAAAUCCCAGCCAUGUUGGAUGCUAAAAAUAAAUGUUAGCUUUUAAAGCAAGUGUGAGCCUUAUUGUUGCGAGGGAUUAUGCAGACGACUCCUUAAGUUUCGUCUUGGUAAUUUAGCUAUUUUUCGUUUUAGAGCAACUUGGCAUAGAACACACUUUGUUUAUUAUGGAUCCCACGCGGAACUUCAUUGGGGGUGUCCCGCCAUCUAGCACAUCUCGGCGUCGCCGUGCUGACAUUGGAAAAGAUUUUGUUGGCUGCAUAAAUGAUGUGAGAUUCAACGGACAUUUACUCUAUUAUUACAAUGGAACAAAUGCUUUAGGAAACGCUCUAUCUGUAGGUAUGGUAAACGUUUUUCUUUGUUUAUUCAUUAAUAAGUAAUUACUUUCUAAUCCGACUUUUCUUAAAUGAGAGUGAGGAACAGCAUUCUUCUUCCAAGCAGAAGUUUACACGUAUUGUUAAGACUACGCCUGGACAAACCUCCGGUAUUUUAAGGACUCCAUUUGCGUGUCUUAACCUCAUCUACCUUUGCUCUCUCUCUACUGUCCUCUCGAUUUUUUCCCUUUGUUUUACUUUGGCUGGUGAAGUGGACAGUGGAUGGAAACAAAAGGCACGUAUGCAUUGCUUUUGGGUUUAUCAUGCGAUGGACUGGCAUCCCAUUCAGGAGGUAGUAGUAAUACUCCUAGUCGCUUAACGCUAAGGAAAGCAGAAUAAGGUCCGACUGAAUGGGUCACAUGGUUCGAGUACAGACUUAAAUUUGGGUAUUUUUCUUCCAGGGGUCAGUGAAGGUUGCUUGGCAGAACCCAUGUGUGAACCUAACCCAUGCAACAUCUCUGAAUGGUGCCGAGACGUGUGGCGAAAGUUUGUCUGCCUUCCUCGUCUGUGUACCAGACAGCCUUGUAAGAAUGGAGGCACAUGCUUCGAAGGGGCUGAUUCCAGAGGAAACAACAAAUUCUUCUGUAAAUGUCCUUUAGGUUUCGAGGGCGCUCUUUGUGAUGUGCGUGGCCGGUCCGUGGUUGUUACUGAAGUAACUGGCGCUAGAUUAGAGGACGGCUUAAUUAUCGGUAUUUGUAAUUGCUCUUUAUGCAUAAUGUUGCGUUGUGGAACCUACUUUAAAGAGGUACUCUAUUUUGACAAACCCAGGCUCAAUGUCUGAUUAUGUCUACUCGAACUCACUGUGAAAAAAUGAACUUGUAUUCAACGGACACUUCUAUUGCUACUGGUAGCCUAAGCUCGCACAAUGAGCCUCCGUUAGUAUUCAAAUUUGUUUUUUUUGCAAAUAUGCUUAAAAGAAUGGAAGUAAACGGUCGCACCCUUGACCUAAAAAUUCUGAUCUUUUUUUCGAUUAAAACAAACGUUCCUUGACAACACCUUUAAUAUGUUUACGGUUCCGUUUAUAUCAGUGACGAUAACAAUGAUUACAAUGAAUUAAUUAACGACAAGGAUAAUUGCACCAAUGAGAACAACGGUAAGGAUAAUGAUGAGAUAAUGAAGAUGAUUAUUAUCCUUAUCAUUGUUGUUAUUAUUAUUAUUAUUAUUAUCAUUAUCAUUAUCAUUAUCAUUAUCAUUAUCAUUAUUAUUAUUAUUAUUAUUAUUAUUAUUAUUAUUAUUAUUAUUAUUAUUGUAAGGCUUCUUCUACGUGUAAAAGCAUCAUGGUGAAACUUUCCGAACUCUUGCCACAACAACAGGCUUUGACUUUUCCAUAUUUUAUCUUUCACCUACAGGGUUAGCAGUCUUGGUAGUGACGCUGAUUUUAUCAGCUAGCAUUCUAUUCGUGUACCUUCGCCGCUCCCGACCGCAGAAGCGUGACGUUUUUGUCGAAGAAGAUCAGUUUAAGCGGGACAACGUCGCCAAUUACCGCAUUGAGGGAGGUGGAGAAAUGGACCUAGAAGAAGAAGAUCAAGUGAGGGACAUUUUGAGAUCCUUUGAAACGAACGAUUUCAGUCCGUGUCAAAAUAAAAAGUUUAAACUAUCGGGAAGCAACGGUGACGUCAGCGGAUCAUAUGUUGUCCUUACCCCACUUAAAAGGGAGGUCAUUGGAAGACAACCCAACGGAAUGCCUGAUUCCAAACCUGUUCAAAGGUCUGGUAAACCGGAUAAACAAGAUAUACAGCGCUCUUACUCCCAGGAAGGCUCUGAUCAGGAGCCCCCGGACUCAUCUUCGUCACCGUCAGCAGUAUCUACUCCUGAACGGCGCAGGCGUGUUCGUACCUCUUCCAAAGGAGAUAUUGUGGAAAGACAUAGUCCAGAAGGGGGUGAGGAAGGGGUUGAGGGAAGUCCAACUCGGAAACUGGCGGAAGUGUUCGGAUUGAGCGAAGAAGAACAAGAGGGAAUGAGAUCACCGCCGGAAGGAUUUUCGUCGCCAGAAAAGUACGAAAGCUUGAGUAAAAGAGAGCGUGGAAAUGGUGCUUCGUUGCAGAGACCUAACAAAACAGAAGAAGAAUCUAGAAAACCUCCACAGAAUAUGGAAGAAUCACCUCUAUCUUACAAUGGCGCGGAAUCCUUCGCAAUGGAGAACCCACUAUCGCGUCCUAAUAGUGACUUACCCAGCUCGGCUGUAGAAGAUGGAUUCCCUCCCGUUCAACGGAACUCUAUCCCCCCGCGGAAACCCCCACGAGCCUGCUUUCCGAGGGGAGUACCACCCCCACCGGGUAACUUCAUACCGGAGGAUGCAAUGCAGAGAUUUUAUUAUGAGGGGGCUGGUUCCCCUACUAUCUCGCUAAGCACCCUGGGAGACACGGAGGGCGAGUCGGAAGUGGAUGAUAAUUAUGAUUAUGUGAAUCAGAUGGGAGAUAAGUUCAAGAAACUGGCGCGUAUUUGCGGACAGACUCCUUCGGUAACCUUCAGUCCUCACGAUGAGGUCAUCGGAGAAUAGAGCUAGGAAAGUGGUCAGAACUGAACGAGAUGCAUUGCUCUAUCACCGAGAACAUGAUGAUGAAGAGCUCCUGAAAUGAAAAAUCGGAAUUGAGACACUAACCUACCCCACCCUGUCGAUGACAUUAAAUCAUUAGCUAAGCUUAGACUGAUAAAACUCUUUACGUUGUAAAGAGCAAGAGAGGGUGCGGUAGACACAAAGACAACAUUUUAGAUUGCCAAAGGCGAGGUCUCGGAAUAAUAAUACCAAGAAGUUUAGCUUAAAAAUCAAGACUACUGAUUCUUAGGUUCGGACACGUAACAUCUACGCACAAAGUUAAUCUCAACCCUUUCAUUUCUUUCAGGGAUCUGUUGCUCGUUACCUAUUUAAGGUGUUCGAGUUCAUAAUCAGAAUAUAGACAAACGACAAAUAGCUGACUGCGUGCACGAUUGCCGAAGGGUGAAAUCUUUGUGCACACAAAUACUGUUAAAGAGUCAAGCAAACAAAUAGUUCAGAUAUUGAUAGAUCGUUAAAAUGGAGCAGUGAAAAACCGUUUUCUUUCACUCUUGGAAUGAAAGGGUUUUGAUAAGCAUUUCAGUUUAAAAAAAAAAAGAAGCUUAUUAACUCUGACUCAAUGCCAGCUCGAACUGGGCCGACGUUAAAAAUAAUUGAAAACGUGAUCGUCCAUCAAACGCUCGAAAUAUUUUGAAAUAUUUCCAGCAUCUAAUGAACGCUUGUAGUGUUAAAAAACUCAGAAAGACAAUAAACUGCAUGUAAGUUAUGUAAGAUAUGCUGAUAGAAAAGUAUAGAGAAAGGUUUUUUUUGGAAGACUUUGAAAUGAUCAAGCCCUCGCAUCUUCUUGUCUCCUACACUUUUAGAUCCGAACCUAAGAUAACUUACUACGUGUGCUAUGUUGUAUAUUUGUGGAAAAGCUCACACGGAGAAUCGGUAACUUUAGUCGCAGGAGAUUAGUCUAAAUUAAAGGACACUAAAGUUGUUUCCCAGCGAUGUUAGUCACGUUUUGCUCAUGUUGAUUAUUUUUUGUGAUUUUUAUUAGGAAAUAAAUGAUGAGAUUUGGUUUUCUUAGCUCAAUUAAUAAUGGUAAUUGCACUGAGUGGAGUGCAAUUUGGGCUGAAAUCAUACGCGUGAUUUUAGACCGAAAUUGCACGACACUAGGUUCAAUUACCACUUUAUUACAUCUAUUUUGAAAUCGCCCAAAUACAGGACUUGGCCGGUAUGAAAUUAAAUUCAUGUCCAUUUUUUGGGGGGAAAAAGUAAGUUGAGAAACAAAAGUUGCAAAAUUUGCCUCAUGAUUGAUCGGUUACUUUAAACAAGCCUUAAAAUCUGAUUGGUUGUUUUGUUUUUAGUGCAGCCUCCUCGUUGGCUGGGAAAAAGAUGCGAUUUAAAGCAAAAAAAUGGUGCGAUUCGUGAAUAAAUCGCAUCAAUUAGAGCCAAUCAGAUUACAGGAACCACCAGUGAUUUCAAAACGGGUGUAAUAAAAAGGAAUAUCGUUUCUGGAAUGUACCUAUCUCCAGUACUAAGUGAUAAUAUCUUAUAUUUUCUAGAGUUAUAAUGUUAUAUUUUGAUAUUUGAAAUUAUGUAAAAUAAUUUUAAUCCCCUGUAAGAGUUUUUGAACAUGGGUGCAGUAAAACAUCCGAAAAUAAUUUGUUUUACCUUUGAGUUAGUUAUAAUCAUUGAGUUACUAUGAGGAACCAUUUGCUGACUCCAAGUUCUCCGUCUAAUCGGUAAGAGUUAGUUUAGUUUAAAAGAGUUGUAACGGGAAGGUUUUUCCGUCGGAUUGAGUUUAAAAAACCGUUCGUAUGAGAGGUGUAAAUAAUAAUUAAGAGGAAAGUAAAAAAAUUGUCAUGGGGUAGGGCGCUCAUUUUUCUUUUUUAAAAAUACGUUAAUGUUUUUGUAUGGCUGUAAAAUGUGUAACUCUGAAAGAGAUUGCCUCACUACAAUUCAAUAAAUAAAUAAUUAGC